AUCCGCAUCGAAUGACGUCCAUUGCUGCCUGAGGAAAUUUCGAGAACGUGACAACGGCAAUAUUCGUGCUAAACCGUCACAAGAUCCGUAGUUUUUCGCUGUCAUUUCUGGCGAGAGUUUCACCGUCGUCAAGCAGUAGCGCCUUUUGUUGCUGUUACAGCAGGUAAUUGCGGUAGUUUCAGAGAAACGAAACUUGUCUCACCAAGUGUCAAUAUUCGGAGAGGAGCAGUAGACCUUGCGCAAUCAUGGUCAAAGAAACAACGUUCUAUGAUGUUCUCGGUGUGAAACCUGGCUGUGCACAGGAGGACCUGAAAAAAGCCUACAGGAAACUUGCUUUGAAAUAUCAUCCUGACAAAAAUCCAAAUGAAGGGGAAAGGUUCAAGCAAAUUUCACAAGCUUACGAAGUGUUAUCGAAUCCUGAAAAGAAGCGUAUAUAUGACCAAGGAGGAGAACAAGCAUUGAAAGAAGGAGGAAUGAGUGGUGGAGGUUUCUCUUCCCCCAUGGACAUCUUUGAUAUGUUCUUUGGGGGUGGAAUGGGCGGCGGUAGAGUAGGACGUCGAAGAGAGCGAAAGGGCCAAGAUGUUAUUCAUCAGCUCUCUGUAUCUCUGGAAGAACUUUACAAGGGAACUGUACGGAAACUCGCUCUGCAGAAAAAUGUUAUAUGCGACAAGUGCGAAGGUAUCGGUGGUAAGAAAGGUUCGGUAGAGCAAUGCCCUACCUGCCGCGGUUCUGGGAUGCAGGUACAAAUUCAGCAACUUGCACCGGGAAUGAUCCAACAGCUUCAAUCGAUUUGCUCUGACUGCAAAGGGCAGGGAGAGCGCAUUAACCCCCGUGAUAGAUGCAAGCAUUGCAAUGGGCGUAAGACUGUGCGAGAUAGAAAAAUACUUGAGGUUCACGUUGACAAGGGGAUGGUAGAUGGGCAGAAAAUCGUAUUCACUGGAGAAGGUGAUCAGGAGCCUGAGCUAGAACCAGGCGAUAUUGUUAUCCUCCUUGACGAGAAGGAGCAUGAGGUUUUCAAACGAACGGGUAACGAUUUGAUCAUGAGGAUGCAGCUGGAGCUGGUUGAGGCACUAUGCGGUUUUCAAAAAGUAAUUCGCACUCUUGAUGACCGUGAUUUGGUCGUGACAUGCAUCCCGGGUGAAGUGACAAAGCAUGGCGACGUCAAAUGCAUUUUAAACGAAGGAAUGCCAGUUUACAAGGAUCCCUUCACGAGGGGCCGGCUCAUCGUUCAAUUCGUCGUUAACUUCCCGAAGGUCAUAGACCCUGUAAUGAUUCCAGCCCUCGAACAAUGCUUACCUCCUAGAGAAGAGGUUAUGAUUCCCGACGGCGCCGAAGAAUGUUUGCUGACGGACUUGGACCCCGAGCAAGAAACGAGACGGCGAAAUACGCGGCAAGCUUACGAGGAGGACGAAGGUGGACCGUCUCGCGUUCAGUGCGCCACUCACUAACCGAAUAUUAAUGUUAAGAGCUCUAUUUCUAUUUUAUUCUCUUCCUCGUUCAUACACCUUGCGCACCUUAACUACACCUCAAGGAUUCGGUAAUAAUGUGGGAGACGAUAAUUUUUUUUGUAUGAACGUAAACACCCAGCACCGCGCUGUUCGGCGAUUUUGCUAAUGAAGCCAUAAAAAUGGUAUGGCAUGAGGCGCCGUGGUGGCGUUGAGCGUAUUUGACUAAAUUUAAACCUGAGGUUUAGUUACUUGUAAUUACUUGGCUAUUAUGUUGCGAAAUUUAUUUAUUCUUAAUUUACAGUGGCGAAAGUUAAGUAGUUCAGUUUUGUUUUUUUUUUGUCUCCUAAUUCUCAGAUAAAUUCCAAUUGACGCGUCAUGCCAUCUUUGAUGACUUGAGAGAUUCUUCGGAAAGACUCUGUUACAACAAACAAGAGUUGAAACUAUUUCACAAAAAUGUAAGUUUGUUUUCUUAACAUUACCUUUCUGCGAUUAUAGAUGUUCCAAAUUCUUCUUCGCCUUGCGAUCAAACCAGCUCCCACAAUGAUGUAUUUCUAGUUUUGCUGAUUUGCAAAAUAUAGUAGAAAUAAUUUAUUUAACGCUGCUAAACUAAACUUAUGUAUGUGGUAUAUUGGCGUUUUUAAAUUGCGCAGUAAACAAAUGUGACAGG